AUGGAGGCGUUGGACGAAAUACAAUGGAAAUCACCAGAGUUUAUUCAAACACGAGGCCUUAAUACAACAAACGUCUUGGAGUACUUCUCCCUCUCUCCAUUUUACGACAGAACUUCCAAUAAUCAAGUGCUAAUGAUGCAGUUUCAAUACCAACAAGUGCAGAUCCCGCCACGAAUGACAUUCCACCAGUACUUUCAGAACAGACUUCAGGAAAUGACAGGUGUAGAAUUUGUCAUUGCCCUAGUACGAGAACCAGAUUUUUGGAUCAUUAGAAAGCAGAGACGAAUAUCCCCUACAUCAACAAACACAUUACAAGAUUAUUACAUUGUCGGUGCAAAUGUGUAUCAAGCACCUAGAAUAUACGAUGUCUUACUGUCGAGAAUGCUAGCUAGUGUUUUGGCGUUAAAAAAAUCAGCAAAAACAAUGAAUGAAAUGACAAGUUAUCAUAUCUCCGAUGGUGGACACUCAUUUAAUAAUUCUAUUCAUGGCGGAGAAGCUGAUAAACUUGCGAGUAACAUAUCUCUGAACUCAUUAGAACCACAACCAAUGCAACCCAAUUCCGAGACACCAGCUCCGUUUAAAGAGAGCCCAGGUUUGGAGUCCUCUGCAAUUAAUACUGUAUCACCAAAUUUAGCACAGGCACAGAAUCAGCCAUCAUCGACAAACUCAACAACUGCAACGGCAACGGCAACGGCAACGAAUGGAGGGGCAGCAAACAAUACUAUUAGUUUUUCAAGUUCGACAUUUGACGCGCUUCUCGGGGAAGUGACAAAGGAGAAAGAUAUUGAGGAAGCAAUAUACCUUAAAGAUAAACCUCUCUAUGGACCAGGAAGCAUUGUGGACCAAUUAGGUGUACGGACAAAUAUAGUAGAUUAA